CUUGAAGAGGAAGUGGGACACAGCUAUGAGUGAGUGAGAACUUCAACUAACUCAAUGGUAGUUUCUCUCUCACAUUUCGAUUAUGCAGAUCAAAAACUCCUGAUGCUACAACUUGUUAUACAGUAACAUUGAUAUGAUGACUGGUGGAUACCUGCUGCAUUUACUUGUGUUUCUGGCUUGUCUCUCACUCACUGCUUCUGAACUCCCAGUCCUAGAAUUUGUGACCCAGCAAACAUUGACUUUAACUCCAUCCCUUUUUACUGCCAACGGAACUACAGAGCUUACUACAGUUUGCACAGAGAAGUGCAUCCAGCAUGAGUCUCAGCCAGAAGCUUCUAUGGAUCAUCAACUUGACUAUGAGACUGUGUAUUUUAAUGGCAGCCGUACACUGACAACAGCAGCAGUAAGGAUACCUCAGGGUAAAAUAAGGAGAACAUUUCAGAGAAAUGUCAAAUUUAUGCGGCGUCGUAGGCAAAUCUAUGGACCAGAUAUCCGUUUUUCCAUCACAAGUAAGCGGUUUCUUAGGGAUUUCCCUUUUGCAGCUGCUGUUCGGGUGUCCACAGGUUGCACAGGUAUAUUGGUAACUGAACGUCAUGUAUUAACGGCAGCUCACUGUAUUCAUGAUGGUCAUGACUACGUACAAGGAGCACGUAAACUGCAAGUUGGCUUCCUAAGGUCAGGAGUCCGACCUUCUCUGCGCUGGGUACGUGUUAAAAGCACAAAGAUACCUCGAGGAUGGAUUGGAGCCCCAGCAGAACGUAGUAUGGAUUAUGAUUAUGCAUUGCUGGAGCUAAGACGGGCACAAUCUCAACCUCACAUGCAUCUUGCAGCCUCUCCACCUUUGCAGAACUUGGCAGGAAGAAGAGUGCACUUCUCAGGGUUUGACAGUGACCGACCUGGAGAGCUGGUUUACAGGUCAUGCAGAGUGCAGCAGCAGACCGUACAUUUGCUUUAUCAACACUGUGAUGCCCGCCCAGGGGCUAGUGGGUCAGGUGUUUAUGGGCGACUGCGUCAUGGUGGGCGCUGGGAGAGGAAAGUUAUUGGGGUAUUCUCAGGACAUCAGUGGGUUGAAGUGUCUGGAGAGCCAAGAGAAUAUAAUGUUGCUGUCAGACUGACCCCUCCUAAAUAUGCACAGAUUUGCCAUUGGAUACGUGGAACUAAUGCAAGAUGUCACUAUAAAUGAAUAAGGCAAUUAUAAAAAGGUAAAGAAAUGAACUUUCUAAAGGAUGAUGUAACAUUUUAACAACUUGGAAUCUCACAAGAAUGCGUACAUCAGCUCUAGGUAUAAGCUAAAAAUUUUUUAAGUAGAUCACUUAGCCUGGAGCUUGAAGCUGAGAUAUUUUCCUUGAAAAAAAAAUAAAAAUACUGUAUAUCAGUAAUAGUCAUGCAAUUCCUUUUGCCCUAGUCUAAAAUGAAUUAGCCAGCAUGACUCAGUAGAGAAUACUCUGCUCUCAAAUUCUCUUAUCUUCCUAUGGAAAGAUCUGAUGUUAGAACAUUUAAAACCAUUUCAAGCUACAGUGUGGCAAUUGGAAAAGAUGAAUAUGUGGAAGGUUUCAGAGCCCAACGGGCUGAAGCAGAUUAUAUUAAAGACCCUGAAACAGUCUUAUAAUAUUAAUAAUUAUUAAUAACAGCUGAACAAAGAAUAUAAUUAUUAACACGGCAAGCUAUUGCUAGUGGGUCCACUACUGAAAUACACACAGGCUGGAACCAAAUAUUACACACAGGGGCGGAUUAAGUGUAUCAUAGGGCCGGGGCUGAUUACACAUCUUGGGCCCCCUCCCUCCAUUUGCCCUGGCAAUCCCCCCUUUCACGUUCAGCCCUAUAUUUAUUUCUCCCUGGUAAAUAUUAAGGAAAACUGUAGUAUAAAGCCCCCAGCCCCUCAUAGUGUACAACACUCCAUAGUAUACACUAUAGC